GUAUAUACCUGAAUUGAUUGGGCGUGACCCCUUUCGGGUCGGGCUCUGGCGCCCCCUGCUGCCCAUUGUGACGCGGGCCACCGGAUCGCCCCGGCGGCGGAGGUCCGGCAGAGUGCUGGAGCUAUGGCUGAGCCGCAGGAGCAGCUGCUGCAGCUGCAGAAGGACAACCGCGAUGGCCGAUUGCGGAAGCAGGAGCUGGAGGAGCUGGUGCGUGGGCUGGAAGCCGAGAGCGAGAGCCUCACCGGGCGCCUGGACGAGCUGCGCGAGCGUGAGCGCAGCCUGCAGCGGAGACGAAGCCAAGCGUCGCGGGCUAUGCGAGGGGAGGCGCGCGAGGCGGCGCGGGAGCGCGCGGAGCGGGCUCGUGGGCUGCUGGAGGCCGCGGAGCAGCACCGGCUGGACCUGGAGCAACACAAUCGGAAGCUGCAGGAACAGUGGGAGGAGCUGUCCAGCCAGCUUUUCUACUAUGGAGGAGAACAGCUGAGUCAACAGCGAGCGGAUCAGCAACUGGGGACUCAGCUUAUGGCACUGCAGAAACACCUGGAGCUGGCAGAGGCCAAAUUCACCAUGCAGGCCGAGGGCCUGCGACAGAGCGCGCAGCGUACGGAAGAGGCCUGGGCCAGUUUCCAGGAGCAGAGUGGAGUCCUGCAGGAGCUGCAGGGAAAGGUGAUGGAGGCAGCGGCUGCGCUGGAUGCCACGCGAGGUGGCUCGGAACCGUGGAACUUGCAGCCUCGUCGGGUGCAGGACUGCGCGGGCUCACUCAUGGAGGAGGUGGCCAGGGCUGACAGUGAAAAGCGGCUGUUCCGCGGUGCGGGCGCGGGGAGCAUCAGGCUAUGGGCGCUGAGUGCACUGCAGACGCUGUUGCUGCUCCCGCUGGGCUUCCUGGCGCUGCCGCUGCUCUACGUGGCGCUGGCAAAGCCCGACCCCGUCGGCCCGGGGCUCUCGAGUAGUCUUGGCUCGGACGCGGUCUUCCGGCGGCUGCGCUACACGCUGUCGCCUUUGCUUGAAUUGCGCCCGCGCGGACUGCUGCCAGCCUAGAUCAAGCAUCACGCCGGCUUCGGCCGCCUACACCUCUGUCUCCUUUGUGGUUUCUGGGGUGCCUGCCUGUGUGAAUAGGGCGGGGGUGGAGCUCGUGUGUUCCUAUGGGCCCAGCGACCCCUUGUCACCUGUCCGCAGUGGGGCUGCUCCGGUGCCCAGGCUGUCCUUUCUACAGCCCUCGCUGCCGAGCGCCAGCCUGAUCCCCUAGGGAGUCGUUUGCUAUUGUGAGCCUGAACUUUGGGCAGGAUGGAUGGUGGCCUGUCAGGUCCCCUCCGUGGUGUGUGGAUUAUUUUCCCGGGAUGCGCAGUUAUCCCAAAUCUCCCGCAACAUUGGUGUUCCCUCUGGGCAGGUUCGAGUUCGCCAAACCCAAACUUCCUCACGGCAUCUAAGCUCACUGAUAGUGCUAGUAGUAUACGAGGGAUGUCCUGCUUAGUGGAAAUGAAUCUGGGUUGAAUUUUGACCCUACGCAUAUAAGCUUCAAACUACUUAUUUGGAGGUGGGGUCUCACAGUAGGCCGUCCCGGCUUUGAACUCAAUAUAGCUGAGUGACCUUGAACCGCUCAUCUUCCUGCCUCCCCCUCGUGAGUGUUUGGAUUGCAGGCAUGAGCCAUCCACCAGGUGUCGUUUAUUCCGUCCUGGGGACUGGACUAAACAUUUGUGAGUGCUGAGCUAUCACCACGGCGUUUAAAUAAACAGCUUUUCUGAUA